CACAGUUCAUUCUAUUUCAUUUCAAUCUCAACAUUAAGUCUUGACUUUCUGUCCUGUGUGAAGAACAUUUCAGUUUAGACAACAUAUGACCUGACAUCUGAGUUGUCCCCAGACGUCUUCAGUGUGACAGGAAGAUUGUUUGUUAACAGUGAAGCUCUGUGAGUCUAGACUGAUGUAAAACCUUUGACUGACAUCAAGAAGAGGCCGAAACAUCUUGUGAUGCUCUACAUCAGACUGCAGAGGUUCCUCAGCAGAUCCCUUUGAUUGUGGCUAACCUCGGUGAUAACAUCGAUCUGACAUGUUCUGUUUCUGGGACAGAAGCCUGGUUGUUUUUCUGGUACAAGCUGAAAUUUGGAUACAUGGUCCAAACACUUGCUAAAGGAGCUUCUGCAGAUAUAAAGCUUCAAGAACAAUUUGACGACCCGAGAUUCACAGUCAGGAAAGUGGAUGAUCUGUAUACUCUUACCAUAAGAAAUAUAAGCAAAGACGAUGAAGCAACAUACUUCUGUCAAGCAGGAGAGCCAUAUAUAAUUACUUUUGUUAAUGGCACAAUUUUGGCUGUGAAAGAUCACAAAAAUCAGCAGAAACACAUCUAUGUCAAACAAAGUCCGGACACUGCGUCAGUCCAGCCGGGAAACCCGACGACUCUCCAGUGUUCACUUCUCUCCACGAACAAAGUAAACCUGGUCCAGUGUCCAGGUGAACACAGUGUGCACUGGUUCAGAGCCGGAUCAGGACGCUCCCAUCCCAGCUUCAUUUACACUCAGAUCAGCAGGAGAGAUGAACAAGAGGAGAAGAGCUGCGUCUACAGUCUGUCCAAAACUAUACACAACUCCUCAGAUGCUGGGACUUACUACUGCGCUGUGGUCACAUGUGGAGAGAUCCUGUUUGGUGGAGGAACCAAAGUGGAGACGAGACAAGAACAACUUCCAUUGGUCAUUGUGCUUGGGACACUGACGCUCUGCUGCAUCAUUGUGAUUGUUGCUCUAAUUCUCUUCAGAAAGAAAAAGACUGUUUGCGAACAUUGCAAAGGAGCAGCGACGGCCUCCCAUCCUGAUGGAUCAGCUGAGGAUCAACCAAAUGAUGCGGAUGGUAACGCAGCGGCGAUGAACUACGCUGCACUUGGUUUCAACUCAAGAAAAGCUACAAGAUGGAAUAACAGGAAUUCACCAGAGGACUGUACUUACUCAAGCAUCAGAAAAUCUGUCAGACAAUAAUGUUGAUGCAGCUCAUUGAGAAGAUGAUGAUGGAUUAAAUCAUGUAUAAUAACAAAUGAUGUGUAUAUGAAUUGAUUGAUUAAAUGAUUUUUGAAGUCACAUUUUGGUAAUUGAAUAGUUAAGUUAACGUUGGUGAGAGCACAUAUCUUAAUAAUAUCCCUUGUCUAAUUUAUUGUGUGUCAUUUCUCAAAAUCCAGAUGAAAUAUGAAUAAUUUAUGGAACUUUUAUUUUCAUUAAAGAGAAAAUUCAUAUUC